AUGGCUUUCAAAAUCGGCCCUCUCCUCCUGCUCCUUACCGUCCUUUUCUCUUUCCAAACCGCCCACUCGCAGCUUAUCUCCAACUUCGACUCAUGCACGGCUCUCAACGACUACUACAUCGGGGUUGUCGAGCCUCUGGUCGGCCCUAACGGUCUGACCUCGUCAAACGCAUACACAAACACCCGCUCUCCCCCGAGAAAGAACGGCAAGUUUUAUCCCAAGCGUCCCGGAGGGCCAGCUGGUCUUCCCUUCCGUCGUAUACUCCGUGAUCCCAAACGUGUCAAGUUCAACAAUAUCACCGAAGGGAUUGACACCGAUACUGAAGAUGAAGAUGCUGAUGGGCCUGUUGCGGGCACCGAUUUUUCUACCACAAAUGUCCAAGUAAGGGGAGUCGAUGAACCUGACAUUAUUAAGACAGAUGGAAAGAGAGUCUUCACCAUUACCGGUACGACUUUCUCUCAUGUCAGGGUACUUGAUGACGGCGCAUCUGGAAGACGUGUCGGAAGAUUGGAACUGCCGACCUAUCCGGAAGAAAUGCUUAUUCAAGGGGAUUAUAUCCUCGUUAUUGGCACUGUCUACGAGUACAAACGCCCUGUCUAUGUCCGUUACAAAACGGAUCCAUCCUCUGGCGAAUCAGCCACAGUGGUCUAUCAAAUCAAUGUCUCUCGCCCCGAACCCCGUCUCGUCUCCACUCUCUACUUGGAAGGUCGCUACGUCAAGUCCCGAGAGGUCGAGGGUGUCGCUCGAUUAGUCCUAUCAUUCAACCCUCUCGACUCAAUCUGGCUCUACUAUCCGGCUGGUAAUUGGCUGCCCACCUAUCGCCUGGAGCAGAACGGCGGCGUUCAAACAGGAGUCUAUGCGACCUGUGGAGAGGUGUAUUAUUCUCCAAAGGUGUUUUCAGGAUUCAAUCUCCUUACUGUUGUGACCUUGCCUGUUGGAGGUAAGCUUACUCCGGGCAGUUCCGCCACUGUCAUGUCUGAUGCGGAAACGAUAUAUGCAACCAAGUCGGCUAUGUAUGUUACUACCAGUGAGUUCCGCUUUGGUGACCUAUCUGAUGAUAAUGUCCGCUGGGGUGCCAACUAUCGUACCUCGAUCCACAAGUUUGGUCUUUCCGACGACGGCGCAUCUUACAUUGCUAGCGGGGCUGUGACUGGUAGCGUGAUCAACCAGUUUGCCAUGCAUGAAUACCAGGGAACGUUUUACAUUGCGACCACCGAUGGCGCGAGUUGGUGGAGUAACCGAGACUUGACCGAAAGUAAGGUGACGGCAUUUGAGCCGAAUGAGAAGACUAAAACGUUGAAGAAGGUCGGUGAGGUGGGGAAUCUUGGACUUGGGGAGCGGAUUUUCUCCGUGAGGUAUAUCCGAGAUACGGCUUACAUCGUAACAUUCCGGGAGGUUGAUCCAUUGUAUGUUCUCGAUUUGUCGAAUCCGAAGAAACUGAAGGUGUUGGGAGAACUGAAGAUCCCUGGUUUCAGUUCGUACUUGCAUCCGGUAGCACCGGGCCGUAUUCUGGGUGUUGGACAAGAUGCAACAAAUACUGGGAUGUUGCUGGGCGCCAAGGUCUCAUUGUUUGAUGUGAGUGACAAGAAGAACCCCAAGGAGCUUUCGGUAUGGUCAUUGAGGGGUAGUUAUUCGAAUGCAGAAUGGGACCACCGGGCUUUCCUCUACUGGAAGCAGCAAGGCGUGGCUGUGAUGCCGAUCAGUGUGUACACAGGGAGUCGCACUUUCACUGGAGCAGUUGUGCUGGAGAUCUCCGAUACUAGGAUUAAGGAGCGUGGGCGGGUGACCCACAAUAUUGAGAGAUCGUACACACCAAACAUCAGGAGAAACGCCAUUAUUGGUAGGACAAAUCUGUGGUCGAUGUCAGAUGAAAUACUCCAAGUCAAUGACAUCAAUACGUUGAAGAAGGUGAAGGCUCAAGUUAAAAUCACGUCGUAA